AUGUUUGUACCCCAUCGCGUCUUGCCAUGGCGUGUCCUCGCUCUACCGGCCCAGGCACGGAGUUUCUCUUCGUCUUCACGACGUCUUGAGAUAAGGCAGAUUUCGGAGCUUCCCUCGCGCACGACGCCGUCAUACAUACAGUCGCCCUCGAAUACCCUGCUGAGCCUGCAAUGGCCGUCCCCACCGCGCAACAUCCUCGUCACCAAAAAGAAGCGCACGCCAAACAUCACCGAGUCCGUCAUAGAAUUCACGUCCCACAUACGCUCCACCUACCCGUCGAUAAACGUCAUCUUCGAUCCCGAGACAGCCCAAGAGCUUCACGAGCAACUUGCGUUUCCCGUAUACACAUACAAGCAGAGCCAAGGCGCACCGCAGUACCUUUCGGAUAAAACCGACUUGGUCUGCACGCUUGGAGGCGACGGCACGCUGCUGAGGGCUAGCAGCCUGUUCAGCCAUGCAGAGAAUGUACCUCCUGUACUGAGCUUCGCCAUGGGCACCAUCGGCUUCUUGGGCGAGUUCAAGUUCAGGGAAUAUAAGAGAGCGUUUCGGGAGGUAUACAUGAGCGGCGCGCCAGACACUUACGCUACCCUCUCCGACUCGCAUGGGACGAUUCCACCCACACCACCUACAUCGCCCGAUGACCCUCUGGACAAGCCACUGAGCUACGCCGACAUACGAGGUAAGGCCAUGGGAAGCAACAGAACAGCGCGCAUCUUGUUGCGCAACAGGCUGAAGGUGGGCGUCUUCGGGCCUGAUGGAAAGAGAAUCAGUGGCAUCGAAGGAGAGGGCGACACCUACGCGCUGAAUGAGGUCACGCUUCACCGUGGCUCCAGCCCGCACCUGAAGAUCAUCGACGUCUACAUCAACAACCGCUUCCUGACCGAGGCAGUCGCUGAUGGCAUGAUCAUCAGCUCGCCUACUGGAUCCACAGCAUACUCGUUGUCCUCUGGAGGAAGCAUCGUACACCCCCUCGUACCGUCGAUAUGCCUUACGCCCAUCUGCCCUCGAUCGCUUUCCUUCAGACCACUGGUGCUGCCAGCUCAGACACCAAUUACACUGCGGCUAGGCAAGAAGAAUCGUGGUCGCGAAGUCGAGGUCAGCAUCGACGGAAAUACCAUUACAGAGAAACUGGGCACGGGUAUGGAAGUCCGCAUAGGUGGGGAAGAGGUCAAACGAGACGCGCGGGGCUGGGAGGGUGGUGUGCCUAGCAUCGUGCGUGGCACAAGCGGCAAGGAAGAUAUGGCUGAGGACCACUGGGUUGGUGGACUGAAUGCUCUCCUCAAGUUCAACUAUCCGUUCGGUGAUCAGGAGCCCUGA